CCAUCAGGAAUAGUGUUACAGUAUACAGUCUGCCUGACUGUAAUUGUCUGUAUACAUGUUUCUCUACAUGCUAAUCUUCAUGGCAUAUCAUAGCAGCAGAUGGAUACCGAGGAACCAGAGGUUAAAAUUUCAAAUAGUGAAUGCAGUGUUCACGGCACUCGUUCUGGUCCCUCAGUUCUACGUCAUGGGAAGGCCAAAAUCCUCAAGAUACUGCUGGCAGCCUCUUCUGAACAACCUGUCAGCCUCCAUCGCUUUGUCCUUCGUAGCUUCAGGUUUUUCAGUGAUAUUCACAUUGAUAGACCCGGUUCCUCAGAGCUUGUGGGCUUCCUAUCAUGUGUUUGGGCUGCUGACAUGUGGACACGGACUAUGCACUGCCAUCUUGACUCUGACAGCAACAGCAUGUGCCAAAACCACCCCUGAGCUGUACUACAUGUCCCUCAUUCUAACAGUCCUCUCUAUUUUCAGUACAGGGUUUUUCACGGUGAGGGGAGGACUCUGGUUGACUAAGCCUGUGACGGACCCGAGCAGAAACAAUGAGCGAUAAAGCAGUCCAGCUGUCCAACGCUGACAUCUAAUACUCCACAUAUUAAGAUUUCAUGUGGUUUCCAUGCCACCAGCAGCUUGUAACUUAAAACCAUGGGAACACAAAAAAAAUGGGGGAAAGUGACUUUAUCUUCCUCACGUUUUAAAUCUUGCUUCAGAAAAAUAUCACAAAGCAGGUGUUUGUCUCGGUUGUUAAAACUGUUUGCUUUUUAUAGUUUGAUGGAUCGUUUGCAUUUGUUUCAUUUGCUAAUAAAUAUAGAUUUUACACAGUAGAGUUGGAGUAUAAUCAUACAAAUACAAAUGUGAAAUCUGUAUACAGUACUGAAAGUGAUAUUUAUUUCAUUGGAAAAGUAAAGCUGCAUUAAACAGAUUGUAGCAGAACAAUUAAAAGGAAAUGCUUUAUUUUGAUGAACCUUUAGGAUGUCCAGGUUGUGUUAUUAAAAAAGUGCAGAUGCUGUUCCAGAACAUAAAGUGAUUCCCAUCAUCUUAAUGCUCUUACAAAACAGGUAACUGGGAAAACAGCUCUGGUGACAAUACAUGAAUGUACACAACUAAACUGGAACAUCCAGCCAGUGCAGCUUGUAGACUGGUUUUACCUACUCUUUUCAAUUUCCAAAGGUAGCCUGGAAUAGGGUAAAGGUAUAACUGACUCCUGUUUCCUACUGCCAGAAUGAAUAUUACUCUUCAGAUGAUAUGUAUUCACCACAAGUCAAUUUGAAACUUUCACGCCUAAUGAGCCAAACUUUAAAACAACAGGAAAAUUACAGUUAUGCAAAGACAAUCAUAACACUUCAAAAUGCAACCUACGCAUGUAAUAUUCCUGUGGCCUACGACAAAAAGUCUGCGCUACAUCAUGUGGUGCCAAUGUGACGCAUCAAAGUGCUCAUCUUACAGUGCAUGGUGGAAAAUAUUUUGUAGAUGCAGUGACUCUACAUCGCAGACUCUUAUUCAGUCUCUUUUCAACUUGUUCUUCACAGACCCACACUGUUGUUUGUAUUACGAGACCAGGAUGCAGGACAGCAUUAGUGUUUCUUUUCAGCUGAAACACUAAUGCUCAUCAAGAUGGAUCAAACACAGGCACAAUAAUAUGACUGCUGAAACUCAGUAGCACUCCUUCAAUUUAAAGAAAGUAAAUAAAUCAACC